AUGGAGAACGGCGGUGGUGGCGGUGGCGGAGGAGGCGUGAACGGCGAGAGGGGCGGCAUUAAGCUGGAGGAGCAGACGGAGGAGCGCGAGCGAAAACGGGAGCGAGAGGACAACGACAGCAACCUCAUGCGCGAGACCGCCACCAGCUCCGCCCCCGACUCGCUGCAGACCGCCAUCACCUCCUCGUCAUCGCAGGCCUCGCAGGACGACGACGGCUCCACCUCGGCCGGCGCCGGCGCCGGCAUCAAGUCCGAGCAGUCCGGCAAGCUCGAGCGGAUGGACGAGCAGCAGCCGCUGCAGAUCAACGGCAACGGCUCCAUGAACAACGCCGGCGGCCUGCUGGGCGCGAUGAUGGGCCUCGAGAACGGCGGCAUGGGCCUGGGCAUGGGUCCGAUGGGCGACGCGGGCUUCGGCGGCGGGCCUCUGAUGCCGCCGUUCAGCAACGGCAGCUUCGACGCGGCGUCGCUCAGCCUCUCGCUCGAGGACCCCUUCCUGGAGCCCGAGCUCGAGAGCGGUUGGUGGGAAAACCUUUGA